GACAGCGCAGAAGCUCACCAGUCUUGUCAGCGUCGAUCCAAGUUUUAUUCAGAACCUCUCGUGAGUAUUGAAAGCUUAAAAAUUAGAGGAAUCGCUCGUGAGGAGACAGAGAGGCGUUGACUCGACGUCGCCACCCCUCUCCUCGGGGCUGGCGCGGAGAGUGGCAGCUCCUGAGGUCACCGCUUCCGCUGGCGCUGGUGGCCUAGCUCCCUGCCGCUGCCCUUGGUCGUGGGUCGUGCUCGGCACCGGGCUGCAGCCACGAUGACCUUGCUUCAGCUUGUACGUGAACACUGGGUUCAUAUACUUGUCCCUCUGGGAUUUGUCUUUGGAUGCUAUCUAGACAGGAAGGAUGACGAAAAACUAACAGCCUUCCGGAAUAAGAGUAUGCUAUUUCGGAGGGAACUGAGGCCCAAUGAAGAAGUUACUUGGAAGUAAAGCCUGUGGCUAAAUCUCAGAAUGUUCACAUUUUAAAAGUCAUUGGAGAAAUAAAACAUUUAUUAUUUAAUUGGAA